UUGAAAAAAAAAAACGUUUGUCAAAUUUUUGCACACAAGAACGAUGACCGUGGUGCGCAAAAGACGGAUUUCGGGAAACGGGUGUUGUUAUUUGCUAUUUGCUUUGAGAUAAUCCUUGACGGGUAACACGUGCCAUGAGUGUUGGAUACAGAAAUCCAAGUGAAGUGUUAGAUUUGAGUGAACAAAAUGGGAAAACAAUCAAGAUGGAAGAAAAGGCAUCGUUUUUCCACAGAGCAGCAAGUGCAAAGCAUUUCAGUGUGCGAAAGUUAGUGCACCAAUUUGAGUCCCGCGCUAGUGAUCGCUUCGAGCGUAUCAGUGGAAGAUUCUCGUCCAAGGGCUGGAAAGCUAAGCACGCCAAGAGAGAUGCUGAAGCAAAUAGGGCAGGGUACACUAGCACCACGGCAGCGGAGCAACAGGAUUUGUCGAAGGCAUUGUGGUACCUGCCGAGUGAUAAGAUAACUGAAGAUAACGAAGCAUGCGAACUAGUUGACGAUAGUGAGCCUAUUGAAGAUGCAUUGAAGGAAGAACCCUUUCCGGAUGUGUCCGACAUUUGUGAUUGCUACAACGAGUUCAUCUACCUUCAACUUUCGAAAGAAAAGGCAGACUACCUGAAUUCUAAUGAUUCGGACUACGAGGAAGAUUAUUGUGAGAGUUUCGCCGAAGCUUGUAAUAUGAUAAUAUCACUGCAGUGGCCGGGAGACUACGUUCACUAUAUAGUACAUGGAUACCACCAGUCUAGGGAGAAGGAACAAAGCAACGAAGCAGACGAUGGUUUUAGCGAAUCGGAUGAUUCCGUGUUCUUCGAAGCAGAAGAAGCACCGUUGACCUCGAUUAGUGAAAUAGACCUUAUCACGAUCAAAGAUCCAGAUAAGGUUGAUGGUAAUUCUACAAAAUUGGCGUAUCUCAUAGAAGAACUGCUGGAAACUGAACGAAAUUACAUUAACAUAUUGGAAAAAGGUAUUUCCACCUACAUCAACAACGUAUUCGAUACCAUUCCUAUCCCUGUGCAGCUGGUCAACAUGAAGUAUCAUCUCUUCGGAAACAUUGAGUACAUUCACCAAUUUCACAAAUCAAUCCUCCUCCCGAAAUUGACUGCAUGCGGAAAGGACGUGACAAAAGUAGCACAAGUGUUUUGCAAAUAUCUGGAAAACGAUUCAUUCUACGGAUAUGUUCUCUAUUCUUUGUACAAUCCCAAGUCUCAACGACUGUGUGUACAGUUUGCACGAUUCUUCGAGGAUCAUCAAAACUAUAGCGGUGAUAAGCUUGGCGUUAAAAGUUUGAUUCUUCAGCCAAUCCAACGGUUACCAAGGUACAGACUCCUACUCGCAAGUAUGGUGAAAGUAUUGCAAUCUAAUGGAUCCAACGCAAACCAUGAAUCGAGCAUCCAGCUGGAUUCGGUUCUCAAAGCAGAACAGUUGAUGGAGAAAUUCAUCACUACACAGAAUGAAUCUAUGGCAGUGAACGAUAUUGUGGAAUGUGAGAAAACAGAAGAUGACGAAGUUGAACUAGGGUUCGGUGUUCCUAAACCAGCCACGGUGCUUCGAGAACAGAACAGUGAGAAUCAAAUUCUCUUCCUGUACCCCCGAGACUCCGAAAACUUGGAGAAAUGUAAACCGAUCAACAUUUUACAUCAGGGCAAGUUUAAGAAAGUGUUUCUGGUGUUUUUCAACGAUCUACGACUAGGACGUCAGUAUCAGGGAAAGUUGUUUAUCUUUGAGCGAUGCGUAAUCUAUACUGAACAGCUGAAAUUGAAAACUCUAAGCUAUCGUGGUCAUUUCGAUCACCAUGAAGUGUGUUAUGAUUUUAGCAAUCUGCAAAUUCUGAAGAUUUUUUCGGAAAAAGAUGAGCAUCAUUCAAUAGAAGUCAAGAUCAACAUUCAGAAUCCAGAAGCUGCAAGUCUUGCUACAAUAGUUGAGCUUCUACGAUCAAUAAUUUCCAAGCGCAAGAAGAAGGAAAGCUUUAUAAUUGAAAGCACAGAGUUGACAAUAAUAAGAAAUUCUGUUUUGCAUCAUUACAAUAGCAACAGGAGUAGUUUAUCUAGUGUUUCGAGUGGUUUUAGCUAUUAUAACACUUGUGGUCAGAAUUGUAGCGAUGAAAUCACAAGCAUUGAUAAUAACUCUCAGCUUGCGAAUAACACUGACGAGCUUGAUCAAAUGGUCAGCUACCAUCAGUACUACGAAAAAGCUCUUAAGGAUAGCAUAUAUUUCUAUAUUUACUCCCUUCCAAAUGAUGUUCGGCAACAGUUGCUAGAGUUAAGUGAAAUAUUGGAGGAAAUUCUCAAAAUGCAACAAAAAAUCAACUACCGCUUAUUCGAAGAGAGCCUACAUCAAAAUUCAGAACUAAAUCUUACCCAUUUCUGUGAUACAUUCCAUGACAGCCUGAGACAGUCUGAAUUUGAUGUUUACCUUCGCUACGUCGAACGCUCUAAAUCCGCAGAAGCUGUCCUAAUGAGUUUCGAACAAUAUUUCACUGGAUUACCCAGAGAGGAAAAUGUGAUCUUUUUGUCAAUUGAUGCAUUUCUACUCUUGCCGGUUGAGUUUAUAAACAGGUGCUAUGAGUUCUUCGAAGGAAUCCACAACGACGUUCACGAUGCCAAAGGGGAAGUCAUCCUCAGAAAUACGGUUCUCGAUUACAAGAUCCAUUACGUGCACAGUCAACUUUCACUGCUUAGACAGCGAAUCAACGAAAACUACUACAUUCGACAGCUGAUUAUGGACGUUGACUUCCUAAAUGAAAUUGAGCUCGUACAAUACUCCGAAAUCGUGAAGCUUGAAGGAUCUUAUGCAAGCUAUCGAUUGUUUCUAAUGAAACCAGGACUGCUCUGCCUGAAAAUCAAACAAGACAUGCAAGGCAAACCCGAAACCUACAGCAGCGUAACGUUCUACUGCCCGUACAUUAAAACGACAGCCAGAAACAGUCACAGGAGUGGUAAGCGGUGGUCCGUAUAUCUGGACGGACGUAAAACGACGCUGAUUUUCCGAGAUAAACAAAAACGAUAUGUUCUCAACGAACGGUACACCACACUGGCAGAACAGAUGCGAGCUAAGGUACGCGUAAAGAAAGUCUCGUUCUUCAGGGCCUUAGAAAAUAUGCACUGAUCAAAAUAU